CCUGAGGGGCGGUGCCGGCAGGGCCGCGGCUCUCGGCACCGGCUGCCGGGGCUGGGGCKGCCCCGCCGGGCUCCGCUCCGGGCUCCUCUGCCGGCCUGGCCAUGCAGCGCUUCACCGUCAACAUCAAGCUGCCGGCGCGGACGCUGACGGGCUCCCUGAGCGCGCCCAACCGCGGCGCGGCGGACUGGGGCUGGCAAGGUUUGAUUGCAUAUGGAUGUCAUUCCCUCGUGCUCGUAGUGGAUGCCAAUUCUGCUCAGACUUUACAGGUUUUGGAAAGGCACAAAGCCAGUGUUGUCAAGGUUAAAUGGGCUAAGGAAAAUUACCACCACAAUAUUGGCUCUCCAUAUUCCUUACGUUUGGCUUCUGCUGAUGCCACAGGGAAAAUCAUUGUGUGGGAUGUGGCAACAGGAACAGCUCGCUGUGAAAUACAGGAACAUUCAAAACCCAUUCAAGAUAUGCAGUGGUUGUGGAAUCAAGAUGCUUCUAGAGAUUUAUUGCUUGCAGUUCACCCACCUAACUAUAUUGURCUGUGGAAUGCAGACACAGGCACCAAACUUUGGAAGAAAAGUUACGCUGAAAACAUCCUGUCCUUUUCAUUUGACCCCUUUGAUCCCUCACAUUUAGCUUUGCUCACUAGUGAAGGAAUAGUGUUCAUCUCUGACUUCUCCCCUUCCAAAGCUCCUGCCAGCUCAGGGAAGAAAGUUUACAUCUCUAGUCCCCAUUCCAGUCCUUCUCACAACAAGCUGGCUGCUGCUACAGGGGCCAAAAAAGCCCUGGAUAAAGUGAAAAUCCURAUCAGUAAUGAAAAACCAAGUGCUGAAUCUGUAACACUCAACGACUGUCUUCAGUUGUCRUAUUUGCCUUCCAAAAGAAACUACAUGCUCUUGCUGUACCCCAGGGAAAUUCUGAUUCUUGACUUGGAGGUGAAYCAGACAGUGGGUGUGAUUGCAAUUGAAAGGACAGGGGUACCUUUCAUACAGGUGAUUCCUUGUUUUCAGAGGGAUGGGUUAUUUUGCCUACAUGAAAAUGGUUGCAUCACGUUAAGGGUUCGCAGAUCCAACUGCAGCAUSACUGCAACUCCAAAUGAGGAGCCAGAUCCAGACCCAGUUCAGGAGCUGGUUUAUGAUUUAAGAAGCCAGUGUGAUGCCAUCAGGGUGACCAAAACAGUUCGUCCCUUCAGCAUGGUGUGCUGCCCAGUGAAUGAGAAUGCUGCAGCUCUCAUAGUCAGUGAUGGCAGRGUGAUGAUCUGGGAAUUAAAAUCCAGUGUUUCUGGCAGAAAUUUGCGCAACAGCAGUUCCAGUGCAUCACCUUUGUAUUCCCCAGUCUCMUUCUGUGGAAUCCCUGUAGGAGCAUUCCAAAAUAAACUUCCAGACCUCUCAUUAGACAGCAUGAUUGGGCAAGGUGCAAGCACUGGAGAAGARUUAAGGAAUUCAUUCCUGCAGGAAGUGCACCUCAAAUUCCUGCUGACAGGACUUCUCUCAGGCCUCCCUCUGCCUCCAUUCGCCAUCCGCAUGUGCCCACCUCUCACAACCAAAAACAUCAAACAGUAUGAGCCCAUCCUUGCUGUUGGUACAAGCAAUGGCUCUGUCCUGGUGUUUCAUCUUACAAGUGGACUCCUCCACAAAGAGUUAAGCAUCCAUUCCUGUGAAGUCAAGGGAAUUGAGUGGAUAAGCUUGACUGGGUUCAUUUCCUUCGCCACUUCAACACCCAACAAUCUGGGACUGGUCAGGAAUGAGCUGCAGCUGGUGGAUCUUCCAACAGGCAGGAGCAUUGCAUUCCGUGGGGAGCGAGGCAACGACGAGCCAGCCAUUGAAAUGAUAAAGGUGUCUCAUUUGAAGCAGUAUCUGGCUGUGGUAUUUAAAGACAAACCACUGGAGAUCUGGGAUGUCAGAACGUGCACUCUGCUCAGAGAAAUGUCCAAAAACUUCCCUACAGCCACUGCUUUGGAAUGGUCACCUUCCCAUAAUUUAAAAAGCCUGAGGAAGAAGCAGCUGGCAGCCAGGGAGGCCAUGGCCCGGCAGACAGUGGCCUCAGACACUGAAGUCAGCAGYGUGGAAUCCUCUGUGAUCAGCUUGUUGCAGGAAGCUGAAAGUAAAUCAGAGCUGAGCCAGAACAUYUCUGCCAGAGAGCACUUUGUGUUCACAGGUGCUGAUGGGCAGGUUUAUCAUCUCACAGUAGAAGGAAACUCAGUGAAAGACAGUGCAAGAAUUCCUCCAGAUGGAAGUAUGGGUAGCAUUACAUGUAUUGCCUGGAAAGGGGAUAUASUGGUUCUUGGAGAUGUUGAUGGAAACUUAAACUUCUGGGAUUUGAAAGCUAGAGUAUCCAGGGGAAUUCCUACACACCGGAGCUGGGUGAAAAAAAUACGGUUUGCUCCAGGGAAAGGAAAUCAAAAACUUCUUGCCAUGUACAACGAUGGGGUAGAAAUUUGGGAUUCAAAAGAGGUACAAAUGGUGAGCAGUUUAAGAAGUGGCAGAAACGUGAAUUUCCGGAUCUUGGAUGUGGACUGGUGCACGUCAGACAAAGUGGUCCUGGCAUCAGAUGAUGGAUGCAUCCGAGUGCUGGACUUAUCCAUGAAACCCUCGUGUUUCAGGAUGGAUGAACAGGAUUUAAUAGAACCUGUCUGGUGUCCCUACCUGCUUGUUCCAAGAGCUUCAUUAGCUUUAAAAGCAUUCCUGCUGCAUCAACCKUGGGAUGAGAAAUAUUCUCUAGAUAUUAUGGACAUUGAUUAUCCAGAGAAUGAAAAUAUUAAAAACCUUCUUCAAGAACAGUUGAAUUCAUUGUCCAAUGACAUAAAGAAGCUUCUGCUUGAUCCUGAUUUUACCCUCCUUCAGAGAUGUCUCCUGGUUGCCAGGCUCUAUGGGGAUGAAUCUGAACUGCAUUUCUGGACUGUUGCUGCCCACUAUUUGCACAGUUUGUGUCAGGAGAAGGCUGCAAAAUCAGACACAGCCAUCCUUCAAGAGCAGUUGGUUAAUCCUCUGGAUAUAUGCUAUGACAUACUGUGUGAAAAUUCUUACUUCCAGAAAUUCCAGCUGGAAAGGGUAAAUCUCCAGGAAGUGAAGAGAUCAACGUAUGAUCAUACCAGGAAAUGUGCUGAUCAGCUUCUUCUCUUGGGCCAGACUGACAGAGCAGUGCAACUGCUGUUGGAAACCAGUUCAGACAAUGUUCACUAUUACUGUGAUUCACUCAAAGCUUGCCUGGUCACAACUGUCACCUCAUCAGGGCCAUCUCAAAGCACCAUUAAACUGGUAGCAACCAACAUGAUAGCCAAUGGGAARCUUGCAGGUAAAAUAUCCCUUUCUCUUAGUCUUGCAAGAGCUGUUUACCAUAUAAUUGAAAUACUUAGGCAGAGAAAGUUACAACUGCUGUGUCUGAUUGACAAGGCUGCUGAUGCCUGUCGCUACCUGCAGACCUACGGCGAGUGGAACCGAGCAGCCUGGCUUGCCAAGGUCCGUCUGAACUCGGAGGAGUGCGCCGAUGUGCUCAGGCGYUGGGUCGAUCACCUCUGCUCCCCGCAGGUCAACCAGAAAUCCAAGGCCAUUCUUGUCCUCCUGUCUCUUGGCUGCUUCACCAAAGUUGCAGAGAUGUUGCACAGUAUGAGGUACUUUGAUAGAGCAGCUUUAUUUGUAGAAGCUUGUCUGAAGUACGGGGCAUUUGAAGUUAACGAUGAUACAAAUAAAUUGAUCCACGCUGUGUAUGCAGAUUAUGCCAGAAGCUUGAAGCUCCUGGGCUUUAAAGAGGGAGCUGUUCUCUUUGCCUCCAAAGCAGGAGAAAGUGGGAAAGAGCUGCUGACUGAACUSAAACAGCCGAAGGAAGAGGUGGUACAGGAAUGAGAAUUCCAUGUUUAUGAGGUUGUCUGUCAGACUGGGGUUCCACUGUGUGAAAAUGCAUUUUUCUCUUGAAUCMCUGUAAUAGUUGAUCUGUGUGAUUUGAGCGAGUCCUGUUAAAUGUGUUCAAAGUUGGGAUUAAGAACUGUGGUGUUUCUUUUUGUUGAAUUUGUCUCCAUUUUCACAAGAGGGGAAAGAAGCUUAUGGUAAAAUUAUACAAGAAUAUUUCCACUUUUUCAGCUGUAGCAAGAAUCAAAUUUAAAAACGUGCUGAAARGCUUCCAUACCUGUGUAAAAGUCUGAUCCAUUUGCUUCUAAAAAUCAAAUCUCAAUACUGUUGUAUUUAUAUGUAUAAAUGAUUGAGUCUGUAUUGUAAAAAUAUAAAUAUGUUUAAAAAUAAAUGUAGAUCUCAAAGCACACAGUUCUUUCCUGGAACAUCAUGUUUUUUCAGUCCAAUUUCUUGUUUAAAAUUACUGUUAUUUUAGAUCAGYUCACUGUGUUGUAAUUUUCAUAACUGUUUGGAAUGGAAUCUUCAACGGGUUCACUUGCAAACAUUACUCUCCUAACAUUCCAGAAAUUAGUGAAAUGUCACUUUUUUCAGUUAAGAUAUUGUUACAUUCCAUUUUAUUUUUAAGGCUGCACUCCAUGCACACCUUGGGGACUGAAUUCUGCCCAUCAGAGAUGGGAGGAGGUUGUACCUCCAGAGCAAGGUGGGCUCCUGCAGCAGGGUCAGGACACUGCUGCUGCUGUCCCCASUCACUCUUUCCUUUGAAUUUCUGAUUAACAGAGAUGAAAAAAACAUUGUGCAAAGCCAAAACGAUGGCUUUUUCAUGAGACACUUCUGCAAACACAUCUUAUGGUCCAGAUACACAAGAAUGCCACCAARAGCCUCUUUUCUCAUUUUUGUGCCAGUAUUUCAGUAUUUAAGAACUUGUUUGCGUUGUUUCUAAAGCCAGGUAUACAUUUUCUGUGUAUUGCUGCAAUUUUACAGCUGAGGGGUGGAUGCUGAUGGUACACUGCCCUUKCAAAUUGAUGGCAUUUAGGCUAAAAACCUAAAUUCUUCCUUUUCCCAGCUUGUUGGAGCUACAGAAGUUUGGUACAUUGUGGUGAAAAGAAUCCUGUAAAAUAUUUGAAUGUAAUUCAUGGUUUGUCUACUUGUAGUAACUGCAUUGGAUUCUUCUUCUGCUCAGUGAUUUGUGGAUUUGUGUUCUGCACUCCAUUGGGACAUCUCCAGCUCCAGAAAACUUUUGGUUCAAAUCUAAAAUAACAUUUCUGUUCAAAYUGGAAAAUGUUUAAUGUUUUUGAAUACAAACUGCAAGUGGGAGUUGGAUCAUUCUGAACAGAAGAGUUAGAACUGCAGUAUGUUGUAUUUGUUCAUGCCACAUCUUACAUACCCCAUUAAAUACCUUUUGUUCAGUGUAUUGUGAAUUGUGCUUAUGUAGGAGCUUUAGCUUGGGAAAAUGAGUGUACAAGGAAAUUUGCCUUAAGUAUUACGUGAGCAACAGAAUUAAUCAAAAUCAACUGUUAUCAGCAGYGGCCUAAAUUCUGGCUCACACUGACUACUACAACUCUCCUCAGUCCCUAYUCUUGUUUUUGUAGCAGAGGUAACGUGAGCACACCCAAACUUGUUCUUUGACAGGUCAUGAAGAGUUGUUUGUCAGUGAGUCUCUGGAAUAAAUCUMCUUUAGUACACUUGGAUUUAUAGCUGAUGUUUUUCAAAAAAACAUUGCAAAGGCCUUUUAAUACUGAAUGUUUCUAUAAACUUGUAAGUGUGCAGGUUGCAGAAUAUUUAGUGGCAUUCCCAACUGGAACUUUUAUGAGGAAAAUAGAGUGUAAUAGUGAUUGAGAAGUUUAUUUAGAUAAUAUUGCAGUCUCAUUACAAUAAUAAA